ACAUAGCGCUAUCACUCAAGAUGGCUGACGUCUUAUGGGACUGUCGAAGAAUUUCUCUCAGUCGCCAUCUUCAGGUCAGAGAUCCACUAGUCGGCUUAAGUCAAUCCACCACCACGUAUAUCUGGCAUUUGCUGCCCAAAGGUUCACGUCGCGGCCGUUAGAUUAGAAUAGACUAGAUCGAUCGAACACGUAAGUGCUUUUGUUGGAUAUAGAACCCACAUAUCCGCAUUAAAAACAAUCAUGGCGGAUGAUUUGUACGCGAGCCAAAUACCAUCCCGUUUCAGGCUUCCCCAUAUCAAAAAAUCCAAAUCCAGUGCCGAGGGCAUUAGGAUCGACCCCUCAAUGAAAGAAUGUGCGAACCUAGAGGCGGUUAAAAUCUUGUCCUGCCUAGACCAAGUGAUAGAACACGCACACGUGGCGAUGGCAAUGCCGUUCAUCAUCAACAAUUUGGACAAGUUCGCCGUCACCAUCAGCAUGGACAUGGUGCAGAUGUUCAAGCGCCACAACAGGAUCCUGCAGAACUACUACACGCACAGGGAGAGGCUGGCCAACCUGCAGGAGAUGAAGGAGGAGUUCCUCAACAAAAUCAAGCAGUCCACGGCCACAAGCUCCAAGAAGGAGAAGCUCUCGGUCACCUACCUGGACCUGCUCGACAACUUCGACGACUUUGAGGACGACGAGCAGGGGGAGGAGGAGGACUUUUGUGGCCUGUCAGAGACGAACCUGCAGAAGAUAGACGGGCUGCCGGAGGACGAACUGGAGGAGAGCAACAGCCGGCAGACCGGUCUGGCCGGUCAACGGUCUCACAACGCUUCAGACAUCGCGCAGGCGGAGGACGAGGGCGGGGCCGCGGAAGAGAAGGAUGAAAAUUCAUCCGCUAUUUCAUCGAGAGUUAGAAGUGAAAAGGAUGAAAAUUCAUCCGCUUUUUCAUCGAGAGCUAGAAGUGAAAAGGAUGAAAAUUCAUCCGCUUUUUCAUCGAGAGCUAGAAGUGAAAAGGAUGAAAAUUCAUCCGCUUUUUCAUCGAGAGCUAGAAGUGAAAAGGAUGAAAAUUCAUCCGCUUUUUCAUCGAGAGCUAGAAGUGAAAAGGAUGAAAAUUCAUCAGCUGUUUCAUCGAGAGCUAAAAGUGAAAAGGAUGAAAAUACAUCCGCCCUUCCAUUGAAAGUUAAUAAGUGCAGAGAAUCAGACGAAAAGAAAAAACAGGCCAAGAAAAAAAAGGGCAUCGGCUGUAUCGGGUUUGGGGAAACGAACCAGUUUGGAGGUUAUGUCCCUAUAGCAAAGCGCAAUAACCUCCCGAAAAUGAUUACGAGUUACCUAGCCUGCCCAGAAAAGAAAAGUAAGAAAUGGGAAAAAACUGUGAAGAAAUGGCACACCUUUAAGAACGUUGGUAAAACAGAUUCUAACUAUUCGGCCAGGGAAUAUCAAAUCAAAAGCGACGAUGAGAAAACAGAAGAAGAAGAAGAUCAAGCUCCAAGCUUUGCUUUCAGUUACGAACAUGAACUCGAUGAUGAACUUCGCGCAGUCGGCGUUAUUUCAGAACAGAUUGCUUACUCCUUUAGAAACCUUCUCAAAAAAUUUCCUCUGGGGUCGGCGGCCAUGGAGAUGAUCAAAAAAGAGGCGUGGAGUUCGACGAAAGGUUUCCGGUUCCUGUCGGUGAUGCGUGACCUGCGCGAGACGAUGCAGUUCCGGUUGUGUAGCAGCUACAAGGACCAGAUGGAGAGGGAAGCCUACCUGGAGACCGUGCUCAAGAAGGACAAGCACAACGAGGCUGUGCUGGCCAAACUCAGGGAAGAUAUCGAGAUCGCACUCUCGUUUGAGGACGAUGAUGAGCAACUCAACGCGGCGGAAAGUUAUCCGCAACGAACUCGAUGCCCCACUUUGUCUCAGUACAAAGAGAAAUGCCAGGUGUUGAAGUGCCUCCAAGUAGAUCUGAUCCAAAUAGAAAAAUUUGCCGACGAGGCUAUCCGUAGAAGCCGAGCGGAGGCGGAGAAGACGGAACUUGCCGAGGCGAAGACGAGCGAGACCAAGAUCCACGACAUGCAGGAGGACAUUGAUACCCUGCUCAGUGACCUCAACAAGGACAUACUGUCCAACAAAGAGACAGAGGCGGAUCUUAGAAAUGAGAAAUACAAACUGGAAACUGAAAUUGAUUCUUGGAUCAAGAAAUAUGACGAUGAGAUGAUAUUCAAACAGGAAGCGAUUGAGACGAUUGAGAUGUACUACGCUGAUGAAAGGAUCAUCCUAGCCGAGCUCGAGGAGACCUACUACAACCUAAAAGUGGCCUACGACGCCAUCAUGGAAGAGAGGCACAUGGCCCGGGUGGCCCUGCACAUGAUGAAGGCCACCUUCCGCCACACGGUCAUCGCCGUGCUGGUCAUCCAGUCACUGUGGCGCUCGCACUGUGUCCGCAAGGCCAUGGCAGUGGACGCCAAGAAGAAGGCCCGCGAGUUGAAGAAGAAACUUCUGGCAGAGAAGAAGGCGCUGAAGAACAAACCCAAGGAACCCAAGGAGCCAGAGGAGGUGACGGAGGAACAACAGGAGGAACAGGAGUGAUGCAUGCCGGUAGAGGUGGUGCACACCUGCACAGGUUUUUGUGCACACCUGCAUAGGUUUAUGUGAACACCUGCAUAGGUUUAUGUGCACACCUGCAUAGGUUUAUGUGCACAUCUGCAUAGGUUUAUGUGCACACCUGCAUAGGUUUAUGUGCACACCUGCAUAGGUUUAUGUGCACACCUGCAUAGGUUUAUGUGCACACCUGCAUAGGUUUAUGUGCACAUCUACAUAUGUUUAUGUGCACACACUGGCCUCUUAAACUUAAAUGUAUAGAUUAUAUAUACACAACUUAUGUGUAUAAAUAAAACUAUUUUGAUACAUAUUUACAAAUUAUAUACACCAUUUUUAUUUUUUACUAAUACAAGAAUUGAAUAAAUGUUUACCGAAAC